AUGGGUCGCGAUCCACUCAUCGGCCUGGUGGGCAAGCCCAGUGCGGGCAAGUCUAGCACGCUUAACUCGCUCACAGAUGCUUCCUCGAAAGUUGGAAACUUCCCAUUUACAACGAUCGACCCGCAACGCGCUAUCGGAUACCUUCAGAUAGAUUGUGCAUGUGCGCGCUACGGUCUCCAAUCGAAGUGUAAGCCGAAUUAUGGUUCAUGUGUCAACGGACGGCGCAGCGUACCGAUCGAACUGCUGGACGUGGCCGGUUUAGUUCCUGGCGCGCAUCAGGGCAAAGGACUUGGUAACAAGUUCCUGGACGAUUUGCGGCAUGCGGACGCGUUGAUCCAUGUUGUUGAUGUUUCAGGCACGACAGAUGCUGAGGGCAAGAACACCAGAGGCUACGAUCCAAGCGUUGAUAUCGCCUGGUUGCGCAGCGAGAUCAUGCAGUGGAUCAAAGGCAAUCUCAUGGAGAAGUGGGGGUCCAUCAAGAGGAGGCAUGUCGCAGUCAAGGCGACAGCGGCGGAGACUCUUCAGGCACAGUUCAGUGGUUAUGGCAGUACCAUGGCAAUUGUACAGAGGACAUUGGACAAGUUGCAGCUGAAGGAGCCGCUGGAGGAAUGGACUGAGGAAACAAUUGAGAAGGUUGUCAAUGCAUUCAUCGACGAGAAAUUCCCCACCGUCAUCGCCCUCAACAAAAUCGACCACCCCGACGCCGACAAGAACAUCGCGAAGAUCGCGAAACAGCAGGACCCCAACACAAUUGUCCUGUGCUCCGCCAUCUCCGAGAUCUUUCUCCGCAAGAUGGCCAAGCAAGGCUACAUUCGCUACGUAGAGGGUAGCGACAUCGUCGAGACGCGCGAGGACCUGAUAGCGGACGGCGACCCUGACGGUGGAGGGCUCAAGGAGCUGGAUGAGAAGAACCGUAAUCGCAUUGAGAACCUGAAGGACAUGGUGCUGUAUCGGUUUGGAUCAACCGGCGUCGUGCAGGUGCUGUCCAAGGCGGCUGAGCUGCUCGGGCUGGUGCCCGUUUUCCCCGUCAAGAAUACGUCGACGUUCGGGUCGGGUGGUGUCGGUGAGAACAAGUAUGUCUUCCGGGAUUGUGUACUGGUCAAGAAGGGCACGACUGUUGCCGAGGUGGCUCGUAAAGUUAUGGGCGAUGCGCCAAUCGCGUAUGUGGAAGGACCCGGCGGGAUCCGGGUGGCUGAGGACCAGGUUGUUGUGCCUGGGAAAAACGAUAUCUUGUCUUUCAAGCUUGGGAAAUAG